GCCCUAAACCUGAGUGGGAUGCAAGACUUCAGUUUUUGGAGAAUGAAACUGAAUACACACAGAAUGGAGAACUGACCCUGACCUGUCCCAAAGGCCUUGAGCCCUCCUUCCCUGAGGUCAAAUGUGCAAAGGAAUUUCAACAAGUGAGUUCUGGAAGACCAGUCUAUGUGGAUGCCUGGUGGGGCAGGAGCAGCACAGGUGCCUGGACACGCAUUGAGGGGGAUGUCCUGUGCAUGGAAGGGUGCAAAAGGCCCCAGUGGGACUACAGACUCCAGCUGGCACCAGACCAGGAGAACUAUAAGAAGGAUGAGAAAGUGAUGCUGAGCUGCCCUCAAGGUUUCCAGCCACUCUUCACUGAAAUCCAAUGUCAGACUCAAUUACAGAGUGAUUAUGAAACACUUGGGAAUGAAGAAUUUUGGCUUGGAAGAGACUCCAGAGGUGCCUGGGCCCACAUUCAUUCCAGUGUGGAGUGCAUCGGAGGGUGCAAAAGGCCCCAGUGGGACUACAGACUCAAGCUGGCACCAGACCAGGAGAACUAUGAGAAGGAUGAGAAAGUGAUGCUGAGCUGCCCUCAAGGUUUUCAGCCACUCUUCACUGAAAUCCAAUGUCAGACUCAAUUCCACUCUGAUUAUGGGACAUUUGGAUAUGAAGAAUUCUGGCAUGGGAGAGACUCCGGAGGUGCCUGGGCCCGCAUUCAUUCCAGUGUGGAGUGCAUCGAAGCGCUCCUGGUUGACCAUGAGAUUUCUAGUACCAGCAUCAAACUGAAAUGGACCUGCAGGUUCCCUGAUGCCUGCCAGGGCAUGAGAGCCAUGUGCCGGCUGGCAGUGCCUUCCUCCCAUCCCUGUGAGGCUGAGGAGAUGAAUGCAGAGCAGAUGUUACAUGGCCAGGAGGGAACAUUCACCUGCUCCCCUUUGCAGCCCUUCACUGAGUACAGUGUCACCAUUGACUUGCCUCCCAACACAACCCUGUUCUCAUGGUUCUUCACAACACAGGAAUCAGGGCAGACUGUGGGCCAGUGGCAUUGGAUUGUGAUUGGACUGGUUGUGCUGUUGGUAGACCGCCUUGUGGUUGCAGUUAUCCUGUGGCUUGUGCACUCCAGGAAAAGGAAGUACUUGAUGUACAAAAAUAAGGACGAUAAUUAAAAAGGUAAAGGUGGCUAGGCUGGAGAUCAGGCACUUCAGCCCCAGCCAAGACCAUGGAGACAUCCAGAGCAGUGCAGAAAAUGGGAAGGAUAACCCCUGCCCAGUGCUGAUGGCUGUCAUGUCCCCUGGCUCUCCUGUGACUGUGACCAGCAUGGGGCUCUCAUGAAAUUCAUGCUAUUCAGCAGGGCAGGAGGAAAACCCAAGGCCCAGGAGAACUGAGCUUUUUCAUUCCUCAGCCCCUUCAACUCCCAGGGUUUGCUUACUGCUUUUGCAAGGCCUCUAAAUAGGUCUUUCUGUAACCCUUUUAUUUAGGCUUUGCUUUCAUUUUUGCAUUCCUGGAGGGAGGACUUGUAUGCUGGAUUUCCCAGUCCCAGACUCACACAGGCUCAGGUUGAUGGCAUUCUCCUGCUGUCCUCUGGGUUCCCAACCCUUCUGCCCUCUCUGCUGGUAUUCAGCCAAACCCAGGACUUUGCUUGGCCUGGUUGGACUGCUUUGUGACUCAGCCUGCUCCGUCUGGUCAAGAAAUAAAGGCUUAUGGAUUGGAGAGGCUGCCUGUCCCACACAGCUUCUGCCUGCUCCUCUCAUUGCCCCUGUGGAGUGAUAUUCCCCUGCAGGGAGCUGAAACUGUGCCUUGUUGGGGGGAGCCAUGAGCAGGACUGCUGUGAUCCUGUAUUCCCCUGGUGCUGCCUGACAGUUUUUCUGACCUACUGAGCUGAGCUGGACAGCUCUAAUGUGAGUUUGGAGCAGAUGUGUGGUGGGAAUCCAUCAGCAGUGAUGGCUCUCCACACACAUUUUGGC